CUUACAGGCCACCGUAUGGCCCUUUCUGCCCUUAGACUCCCCUGGAGUUAGAUUGCUCGGCCAUUUAACUUUUGGGUCGGGAUUUGUGUGUAGGGGGGAUGGUUGUCUUUUGCUUUUUUGGCAUUUUUUUUUUUAGCCCGCCCCCCGCGCCCCCACGCACACUCCAGGCGAGAGUCAGGCCGCGCCGUCCCUCCCGUCCUUGAAGUGCUGGGAACGCCGUCGCCCCGCGGUGAUCACGUGACGGCGGCGUCCAGCGUGUCGCCGGGCAACCGCCCUCGAGCCGACCCCGCCGGCUGCGCGAUGGACGUGAUCUACCCCCUGGCGGUGCCCAAGGGGCGCCGGCUCUGCUGCGAAGUGUGCGAGGCUCCGGCCGAGCGGGUGUGCAGGGCCUGCACGGUCACUUACUACUGUGGUGUGGUUCAUCAAAAAACUGACUGGGACAGCAUCCACGAGAAGAUCUGUCAGCUCUUGAUUCCGCUGCGCACUUCCAUGCCCUUCUACAAUUCAGAGGAGGAGCGGCAGCAUGGCCUCCAGCAGCUGCAGCUGCGGCAGAAGCAUUUGAUUGAAUUCUGCUACACCGUAGCCCAGAAAUAUAUCUUUGAAGGGAAGCAUGAAGAUGCUGUCCCAGCAGCUUUGCAUUCUCUUCGCUUCCGCAUGAAUGUGUACGGCUUGAGUUCAGUAGAGCUUGUGCCUGCCUACCUGCUGUUGGCCGAGGCUAGCCUUGGUCUGGGCCAGAUCGUCCAGGCUGAAGAAUAUCUAUCCCAAGCCCAGUGGACAGUCCUCAAAUCAACUAAAUGUUCUUAUGCCACCCACUCUUUACUGCAUCGGAACCUGGGACUUCUCUUUAUGGCUAAGGAAAACUACGAGGAAGCCCGUUAUCAUCUGGCCAAUGAUAUUUAUUUUGCCAGUUGUGCAUUUGGAACAGAGGACAUCAGGACCUCAGGAGGCUACUUUCACCUGGCUAAUAUCUUCUAUGGCCUUAAUAAGUUGGACCUGGCAGAUACGCUGUACACCAAGGUCUCUGAGAUCUGGAAUAAAUAUUUGAACAAUCGCUAUCAAGUCCUCUCACAGGCUCGCAUCCAACAAAUAGAUUUACUGGGCAAACAAUUUGAGACUGACACUGGCUUGGAUGAAGCCCAGGAAGCAGAAGCCAUUCGGAUCCUGACUUCAAUCUUAAACAUUCGAGAAGCUACAUCUGACAGAGCUCCCCCCAAAAUUGUCUUUGUUCUGAAAAUCCUGGUCAUGCUUUACUACCUGAUGAUGAAUUCUUCAAAGGCACAAGAGUAUGCCACGAGAGCCUUCAAUCUAGCUAAAGAACAACAGCUCGGUGUCCGUGAGCAAAACAGCAUUCAAGAAUUACUGAAUCUCAUCUCAGCUGAAGAAGCUUAGCCCAUUCACUAGUGACCCAUGGGUUCCGCGGCAGGGCCCAUUCAAGGGACUGUUGAACAUCUAAUACAUUCCAGCUUCACACAACUGCUUUGAGGUGCUAUGAAUUGCUGAUGUUCCCACCCUCCUCCCCUGGGACUUCACAUAUAGUGUGUUUUUAUUCUUGCCCCACAUAUGAGAGCUUUGGGUAUAGAAAUCAGUAAAACUUGUUUAUCAUGACUUUUGUACUUGGUUUAUCAUGACUCUGUACAACUUUGAGUAAUGUGCUGUCAGCUCACUAAUAUGGUACUUAUAAUUAAAGUGUGAAUAGUUUAUCAUA